AUGCCUCCAAAGAAAGGCAAUGAGCCGCCUAAGAAGAAGAUGACGGUCGAGGACAAGACCUUUGGCAUGAAGAACAAGAAGGGCGGCUCAGCACAGAAACAGAUCAAGCAGAUCGCACAAGCGACAGCAUCGGCCAAGACUCCGGAUCAGAAGAAGAAAGAGGCCGAGAAGCAGCAGCGCGAGAAGGAGAAGGCGGCUGCCGAGCAGGCGAAGAAGGAAGCGAACGAGCUGCUUGGUAAAGCCGUUCAGACGCAGAAGGUGCCGUUCGGUGUCGACCCGAAGACAGUUGUGUGCGAAUUCUUCCGCAAAGGCACGUGUGAGAAGGGCAAGAAGUGCAAGUUCUCGCACGACCUGGAAGCUGGCCGGAGGACUCAGAAGAAGAGUCUCUACACUGACACACGUGAAGGCGAAGAGGAUGGAGAGGGCGAAGGCGAGGAGGGCAAGAAGAAGGAUGACAUGACCGACUGGGACGAGGAGAAGUUACGGCAGGUCGUGAUGAGCAAGCACGGUAACCCGAAGACGACGACGGACAAAGUUUGCAAGUUCUUCAUUGAGGCGGUGGAGAAUGGGAAGUACGGCUGGCGAUGGGUGUGUCCGAACGGUGGCGACGAUUGCAAGUAUCGACACUCGCUGCCGCCUGGUUUCGUGCUCAAGACGAAGGAACAACGGGCGGCGGAGAAGGCGAUGAUGGAUAAGAGUCCGCUGGCUACGCUGACGUUGGAGGAUUUCUUAGAGAGUGAGAGGCACAAGUUGAGCGGGACGCUGACGCCUGUGACGCCGGAGAGCUUCGCGAAGUGGAAGCAGGAGCGGCUGGACAAGAAGGCUGCGGAGGCUGAAGCGCAGAAGAUGAAAGAGGCGACUGGCCGAGCACUGUUUGAGAAGGGCGACUGGGAGGUUAGUGAUGACGAAGAGAGUGGGGAUGAAGACGACCCGUGGAAUCUGGAGGCACUACGGCGAGAGACGGAGGAGGCACGGGCGAAGAAGGAGGAGGAACGGAUGACGAACGGUGUGGAUGGUUGA